AUGCGUGUGGUGAACGCGUCUUUGCAGACACUUUCCGCCGUGGUUCAUUCGGGGUGGAAGGCUUCGCGAGGAGGCGCGAAGGGAAGAGCUACGGAGCCGACUGCUAAAACGGUGGACAAUGCAGUGGGAGAGGCGGUAGAGGCGUUGCAGAGAUUGAGGGUUCUGAGCCCGGACGACAUGGACAUCGAGCGUGCAGCUUGCAGUUUAGUGGGGAAAUUGCUUGCUUUGGAACUGCAUGAGGCAGUUGCAGAAGUACUGAGCGGCGUGCACUCGCGCCUAACUUCUUUGAUGAAGGGAUCAUCUGUCCUACCACCACCGCUCUGCCUUCUUUCGCUUCCUCUGUCCUCACCCAGGGAUGGCGCACUAACAACUCUCGCUUUCACCGCUCUGACGUACGCGCUCAGUGCGUUAAGUCCCCUCUUACACUCUACCAUUUCAUUGCAGGAUUUUGUCUCGGCUCUUCAGAAUCACCCUAGCCUCCUUGAUUUGGCUCAACGAACUACGAGCGAAUGUAUAUCCGAGAAGACUAAGGACGCGCUCUUAACGCGAGCGUACACGUCACUGACGAAGGCGUGCAGCCACCUAUCAUCAAAUACCCGUACGAUCAAUGGUUCAAAUUUACGAUUCAUAUUUUACCUACGCAUCUAUGCCCUAUCCUGCCUUUUACACACGUCCCCGGAUACCAUCAAGCCGUCCACGUUCUGGGACCAGGUCCAAAAAGCGUGCAUGGCAUAUGCCCGUGCGUCAGUGGACUCGAGUCUAUCUCGCGAUGUAAAGACAUCUGAAGCGGCAGCUGCGUCGUAUAUCUCGCAGACUCUUCAUGGAUUGGCUGGUCGCGUAAACGGUCUUGUUUUGCGGAGCUUCCUGGAGGCUAGGGCCUUUCUUGGGGUGUGUGAAUUUUGGAUGACCUUGGCCAAGAGGACAGGCGAUAUGGCUAUGUUAGAUUACAUUUCGGAGCUCAUCGCGCGGCUCUCGUUCUCACAAGGCUCUGAACGUAGCCUCACUGUUCAGGUUGGGCAGCUGAAGUUGCGAUCGGAAGGUUCGCAGGGAGGCAAGUCACCCCACGAAGGUAGCAUUGUAGUCGAGUGUGCCCAGUUUUGUGCCACUCUCGUCAAGGCUACCGCAAGUCUGGAGAAUAACGGCAAGUCGGCAGAGAAUAUGUCAAGCACCGUUCCUGACGGGAAUGCUGAUGCUUCUCUUGGCAAGAUAGAGCGUGCGUUGGAACGAUUAAGACGAGCCGCUAUUCGAGUUUUGGAUGCUGCGGAAGGUGGCAGAUCGGACACGGAAGCGAGAUGUACUUUGCUCAUUUUACUAGAAGGCAUUACCUCAGCACUUGGGGCGGAUACUGCCGAGGAUAACCUCGCGUCGCUUCUAGACACCCAGUUUGUGGUUGCGCGGAACCGACUUAAUUCAGAUGAUGUGGAUACGUAUACACUCGCCCUACGGCAACUGGAAAACGCAGUAGCCACUAUCGACGGGUCCCUAACGGUUAUAGACCCUUUAGAUAGCGCCAACUUUUUACGCUGCAUCUCCGGGGCGUUUCACAACCUUGGCGGCACAUUAUACAAGGCCGAUAAACAUGGUGGAGCCAUUAGGUUUUUGAAGCAGGGAUGUAUUGUUGGGACGAGGGCUCUAAGCUUAUAUACUUCACAAGGCAAGGUGGACACGACCAAUGGCGAAUUCGACUCUCAGGAGAAGGAAGGCGAGAGAAACAAGGAAGGCUGGAAGCAACUCGAGGAGCAGCUAUUCAGAAGGUACGAGUUGCUAGGAGUGUGCUACUUGAAGAUUGGGGAUAGGAAGCUUUCUAUUGAGGCUUUUGUUCAAAGCGUGCGGAUGUUUCCUUACACCCUCUUUCCCUCUAUCGCCGCGCCGGACCCUUUCAAAGACGAUGAUGGGCUACUCAAGCAGCUCGCUUCAGUGAUCGAGCGAUUAACGUACAUUGCCAGUUGCGAGUUGUUCCUUCCUCCUGAACAAGUUUCUCUGCGUCACGUACUCGAAGACUCCAGCACGCGUUGCCUUAACAUCAAUAUUGAUGGUGAUCCGCCGUUUUCCCUCGAUGACUCCCUAUCGAAGGGGGCAAUCACAGGUGUCCUUCUCGAACGCCAACUCAAAACGCUUGAAAGCGUCGUCCACAAAGAUGGUGUUCGAACGACGAUGUUGAGUAUUCUCCGAGAUUUACUUGCGGUAUAUAACGCAAAGUGGGCACCUGCACGGAGAGCAGGAGCCCUUCUAUGUGGUCUAGAUGUGCUUUGGAGGGACCGAAGGAGUGCCGCCGAAGACAACGAGAGGGGCUCCUAUCAAUUGGAUGUAGAGGAUAUGGGGAGGGAAGUGCUAACCCUGGUGGAAAGAGAACUCCAUCCCGUUGACUCUGGUUUCGCUUCCCUUAUGCCCAAGUAUACCCUAAGUGCUCACUUGUGGCUUGCUCUCCAUUCUUACCGCCGGCUGCCCGCUGGAUCGGAGAUGACAAGCGCAGUAACUACGCACAUUGAGAGAGCAUGUGAGGUUCUCUUAAGCCUUCUCAACAACACUGAAGGGGUUUUGGGAGAUGGUAGCUCGAAUCCGAAACGAUUUAACGGGGAUGCCUCAACGAGAGCAAAUAGAGGAGGGAGCAGAAAGAAGAUGCAAGCUCCGAUGACCAGAACUCGUGUCACUAAGAAGCCAGCUUUGCAUCCUGUUACGCCUAAGCCCAGAAAGGUUCUCGAUGAAGUAUCUCUAAAUUCAGCUGCGGUUGCAAAGGCUAUAGAGAAAGUUGAAAGAUCCGAUGCCCGUUUUGACCUCGGUUCCCUUGUUGGCCUACUUCAAAUGAACAUACACUUACUGGGUCUGCUGGGCUUGAUCGUUUUGAAGGUGAAGCUUCUCGAGAUUCUCAAGCGUCUCUGCGAACAGCAGACCCCAGUUCCUACUGAAGCCUACUCGGUGUUUUGUGUUGAUCUUGCCCAUGAGUAUGUCAAGCUCGGCAAGCCAAAGCGCGCCGGUUCCAUCUUCAACCGUUGCACUACACUUCUCAAAACUGAGGACACGCCGGUCGAAGUACGUCUAAGAUACCUGUUAGGCCAGGCGGAGGUCCUCGCACUGGGUGAUAACAUGCCUGCCAGUGCGAGUGUAUAUUGCGAAGCUCAUAGUUUAGAGGAUGUUGUCGCUGCUGAGGAUAAAACAGCACCAACUGUCCAACGUAUAAGAGCUCGUGUGGAACGCUUAGAGAGGGCUGCUCUAGCCUGCCGUGUCUUCUCUGCCAUUCAAUAUUCCAAAGAUGAUAUGGUCGGUGCCUUGUGCACCAUGCUACAAUCUCUUCGCUUGUGGAACCGGGCUGUUGAUGCUCUUUCGCGUCUAAGCCCCUCAAGAAGUUCAGCUUCGAAGACAACCCAAGAAGACAACAAUGUAUUCGAAGCUCCCAGCAACGGAACACCGGUCAGCGACCAACCUACAGCGUCGUCUGACAGUCGUGCAUCAAUUCCAGUUGAUGCACUCUCGUGGCGCCUACUUUCAUCUCUGCUCACGACACUGCUUUCGCUUUCUCAGAUUUUCUUUGCACGCGGCUCUGCGCGCGACGCGUUAUAUUUUUCGCAGCAGGCACUUGACCUUGCACAAGUUACCAAGGCGUCCAUUGUUGCUGCCCGAGCUCUUACUCUUCGUAGCGAGGUGCUGUUGGGUCAAGGAGAUCUAAUUGCUAGCCAACAGGAACUAGUGAAAGCUGCGCAGCUGCUAGAGGACCUUCCGGGGAUAGAUGCGGCAGACGUGCAGAGGCUAAGAGGGGAUUAUGAAGCUUUGUGCGAAGCGGGCCAAGAACAGAAUUCAAAAGAGAGUUACGAGCGGGCACGAAAAAUGUUGGAUGAGCUGGAGGGAACCUUGGCUGCGAUUGAUGGCCGCUCUCAGCGGAAGUCCAGCAUCGGCACUCUCUCCGGGGCCGUCGUCGUCAAUCCUGGACAGGGAAUGAUUGUUCCAAAGCUCCUAUCAAGGAUCUUACGGCGACAUAUUUGGCUCUUGAGAAACGAGGAAGAUGAAGAUGAACUAUUUAAGCAGCUGGUCGAGAAACUCAUGUCACUGCCACCAUCUGCAGAAAUUAAGGGGGAAGAACAUGCUGUCAUGGGCAUGCUAACUAUGCACAGCGUCUAUAGAUCGUUCCAAGCAGACAUUCUCCUCAAUUCUCUGACAGAGUCAGCGAUCGCACUUCCUAUGCCGCUAUCAGGAGGAAAAGAUGCAUCGUCGACCCCAGCCACACACGACAUUCUUGGCGCUCUCGGUGAUGCGGAAGACUUAUUCUGGGCGGAUUUGGCACUCACCUCUCGUUGUGGGAACGUUCCUCAUGUUAGAGAAGCUGCGGUGUCAUUGGGAAUGAUUCAGGUAUUGCAAUCUGCCCUCGGUAAGGUGGUGUCAGAUGGUCCUCUACUUGCAACGUGCCUUUUGGACACGUCGUCGGCGAUCACUUUGCACCGUGAAAUGCUUGAAGCCAUCCGGCACAAAUUUCCUGACUGGAAUGGUAGGGACGAUCUUCAGUGGCCAUUGCCAAGGGCUUCUGAUUCGCCUCUCGGCCUUUUGCCGACUGCAUCCGAUUUUAAGGGAAGCCCAACCACGCGCUAUCCUAUCCGGGCCUCUUCCUUCUCGUCAGCAAGUUCUGGUGGCUCCGAGUCGGCCACUGCUUCAGACUCGUUGCUCGCUUAUUGGGAAGCUUUGCAAGAAAGAUACACUUCUGCUACAGUGUCACCGUCAGGCUUUGCGGGCCUGUCUUCGGAGAUCUCAAAGCUGCCCAAAAACUGGACGGCUAUCCAUAUUAUCCUUACCCCGGACAAAUCAACGAUGUUCCUCAGCAGAGUUUCGUCCGCUUCGUCGUUAAUCUUCUGCCUGCCCCUCCACAGCCGUUCCGACAGCGACGAACAACAUCUCACACUCGACGAGGCACUUGCGGAGUUCCGCGAUAUCGUGCGCUUAAGUGAUGAGGGCACGCGGCGAGCAGUGCAUGUAAGAAAUGAUGACCGUGCGCACAUAGCAGCCUGGUGGGCGGAGCGAGCGGCGCUUGAUAAGCGGUUGCAGGAAUUGUUGGAGAACAUCGAAUUUUGUUGGUUGGGAGGGUUCAAGGCGAUAUUGGGCCCUUCAGCUAACCUUGCUCCAAACCUCCUUGAUGACCUUCGUGUGCGUCUAGACAAGGUACUGUCGCGAAUUCUAUCCUCCUCAAAUACCAAGAAACGUCAGCCGAAGUCCACUGCAACCUCUGCUCCUUCAUCUAUAUCCCGACUCUCAGAACCGUUUCUCAAUUGCCUCGCCUCUUUACCAUCGUCCUGUAAAGACGAAGAGCUUGAGGACCUUCUUUGCUUUAUGUUUGACUUGUACCACCUGCAUGGUGUUCCUGUCGCUAUCUCCGAGAUAGAUAUGGACCACGCAGUUGUGGACCUGCGCACUGCACUCUGCGAGCAUCGUGCUGUGCGCAAGAAAGCAGAGAAGAAGGGAAAUGCCGUCGAUGACGAUCACAUAUUCCUGGUUCUCGAUAGACGUCUGCAGGGAAUUCCAUGGGAAAGUAUCCCUGUGCUGCGUGGUCGAAGCGUGAGCAGGAUCCCGAGCUUGAACUUUUUACUAGAUAGGGUCCAGUUCGCAGCACUGCAGAGUCCCGAACGUGGCAGCGACAGUCAGGAAGAGCCUACCGUUGAUCGGAUCUCGAUUGAUCCACGGAAGGCGUAUUACAUUCUCAACCCCAGUGGAGAUCUCAAGGGCACUGAAGGGCGCUUCGCCCCAUGGCUCAAACAGAUGCAUAGUGUUGGUUGGGAUGGCAUCACUGGCCAUGCUCCGAGUGAACAGCAGUUCUUGAAUGCUCUAUCGCAAAAGGACCUUGUCAUCUAUUUCGGGCACGGGGGUGGCGAGCAAUACGUACGAUCACACAAACUCCGCCACCUGCCUCGAUGCGCAGCAACCAUGCUCUGGGGGUGUUCGUCUGGUUCCCUCAAAGACAUGGGGGAAUUCGACCGGGUUGGAACACCCUAUCAUUAUAUGGUUUCGGGAUGCCCAACGCUGGUCGCAAAUUUGUGGGACGUGACCGACCGGGACAUAGACAAGUUCACGCAGGGUGUGGUCGACCGGCUCGGACUUACUCCUGACGGUGUGCUUUCUCAUUCCGGCGCUGACGGUGGGAAGCCGCCAGGGACGUCCGUGGUGGCGGCUGUUGCCCAAUCACGUCAAUUAUGUAAGCUGAAGUACCUGACUGGGGCAGCACCGGUGGUGUAUGGGAUACCAUUCUACUUGUAG